UAAAGCAUUUUCAGGAAUCUAAUCAAACUUUCUUUGUCUUUUUUGUCACAUCAUCAAAUAAAAGACGUCUGUGUUUAUCAGAGUAACAGAAAAUGGACAGAAGAUGAGAGAAUGAAGAUGAAGAACUCGGCUCUACUGACUGACCCGAAGGAAGCAUUAAAAUCUCUGGAACAUAAAGACCAACAGCUGGAGGAUUAUAAAAGACAAAUAGAGAAUAAAGAUACAGAACUGAGAAACAGAGAGAAAAUCAUUGAGGAGAAAGACGCACAACUCAAAGAUACAAAUACAACACUAGAGAAGACGAGUAAAGAGCUAGAGGAGAGAGACAGAGCUCUACAUGAGAGAGAUCAACAACUGAAACUGAAAGAAACACAAAUACAGAAGACACAAACACAAGUGAAGAAAAAGGACAACAGACUUGUGGAGAAGGAGAAAAAAUUUUAUGAGAAAAAUAAAGAGCUGAAGAUUCUAAAAGAGCGUUUAGAGACUAAUGAGAAGACUCUUUCUGAGAGAGACGCAGUGUUAAUGGAAACUAAUAAUAAACUUCAACAUGCUACUGAAGAAGUUAAAGAGAAAAUCUCACAACUGGAGAAUAUGAACAAACUGCUGAGUGAGAAAGAAACACAGCUGAAGAACACAGAUAAAGAGCUGGAAACCAGUAAAAACAAACUGGAGACACUGGGACAGGAGCUGCAGGAUGAGAAGAGACAACUACAGGAGAUGAUGAUCGUACUGGAGCAACAGAAAACUGAGUUAACAGAAAAAAACAAACAGCUUAAAGAGACAGAGAGACGUCUAACUGAGAGAGAGACACAGCUAAUGGAGAGAGACAAACAGCUUCAGGAGAAAGACAAAUGCCCAACAGAAAAUCAAAAAAUGCUUCAGAUGAAGGACCAGCCACUGGAAGAAAAGGAUACACUGCUCAGAAGGGUUAAAGAAGAAUUAUACAAAACAAAUUGGACAUUAGAGGAGAAUCAGACUCAGUUAAAAGACAAAGAGAGAAAACUGGAGAAUGACCUGGAAACCAGUAAUCAAAAACUGAUGGAGAAAGACAAACUGCUUCAGGAGAAAGACAGGCAUCUGUCUGAAAAAUCGCAAAUAUUGCAAAUGAAAGAUGCUGCACUGGAAAAGAAUGAGACAUGUCUCAAAGAGAUACAAACUGAAAUGGACAAAACAAUUAAAGAAUUAGAAGAGAGUCAGCGAAAUGCUGCGGAGAAAAUCUCACAACUGGAGAAUAUGAGCAAACUGCUGAGUGAGAAAGAAACACAGCUGAAGAACACAGAUAAAGAGCUGGAAACCAGUAAAAACAAACUGGAGACACUGGAACAGGAGCUGCAGGAUGAGAAGAGACAACUACAGGAGAUGAUGAUCGUACUGGAGCAACAGAAAUCUGAGUUAACAGAAAAAAACAAAGAGCUUAGAGAGAGAGAGAGACUUCUAACUGAGAGAGAGAGACAGCUAAUGGAGAGAGACAAACAGCUUCAGGAGAAAGACAAAUGCCUAACAGAAAAUCAACAAAUGCUUCAGAUGAAGGACAAGACACUAGAACAGAAGGACACACUGCUCAGAGAGGUGAAAAAAGAAUUAGAUAGAACAAAUCACAUGUUAGAAGAACAUCAGUCUCAGUUGAGAGAGAAAGAAAGACAACUGGAGAGUGUAAUGAAAGAGCUAGACACCAGUAAAACCAAACUGAAGAAGGGAGACAAAGAGCUCCAGAAGAAAGACAGACUUUUAAAUGAGAGAACUGAUGCACUUAACAUGAAGAAUAAAACACUGGAAGAGAAGGAAACACUGCUCAGAGAGGUGAAAGAUGAACUGGGGAAAACAAAGAGGACAUUAGAGGAGAAUCAGACUCAGUUGAAAGACAAAGAGAGACAACUGGAGAGUGUGGAGAAUGAACUGGAAACCAGUAAAAACAAACUAACUGAACGAGACAAACAGCUUCAGGAGAAAGACAGACUUCUAGAGGAGAAAACAAAGCAGCUGCAGGAACAGACAGAUCCAGAAUCAUCAGCCCCCAUCAGGAGAAGAAACAGCAAGGAGACGUUACCUCCAUAUAUGAGUGGAGAGACUCAGGACUCAGCAGCACCAAUCAGGAGAAGAAACAGUAUGGAGGGACAUCGUCCUACAUUAGGUGGAGAAUCGUCUAGUCCACAUUCUCCAGUGUCGGUUCCUGUAGCAGAACUGAGGCUGGUGCUGCUGGGGAGGACGGGGUCUGGGAAGAGUGCAGCAGGAAACACCAUCCUGAGCAGAGAGGAGAGGAACCAGGCUGCUACAUCUACAGCUACAUCUACAUCCACCCAGCAGAGUGAGAGCACACAGGGGGAGGUGGCUGGGAGGAAGGUGACUGUGGUGGACACUCCUGACUGGUUCUCUCCUGGACUCUCUCUGGAGAAGCUGAGACAGGAUGUGGGACUCUGUGUCCAUCUGUCUGCUCCAGGACCCCACGCCUUUCUCCUAGUCAUACCUAUAAAGCAGCCUACAGGAGAGGAGAGAGGGAUGCUGGAGAAAAUGGAGGAGAUUUUUGGAGAGAGAUGUUGGAGAAACACCAUGAUUAUAUUCAGUGUUACUGAUUAUGUUCAGAAGAAGAACAUUGAGGAGUUUAUCCAUACAGGAGACCAGGAGGUCCAGAGACUUGUAGAGAAAUGUGGGGACAGGUUUUACUGUCUCAACAUUAAGGAGAGUGGAGAUGGUUCUCAGGUCUCAGACCUGCUGAAGAAGAUAGAGAAAAUGGUGGAAGGAAGCAAAGAGAAAUUCUACAGCAGUGAGAUCUACCUGGAGACAGAAUCUCAGAUUAGAGCGAUGGAGACUAAGAUCCUGGGGGAAAGAAAAGUGAAAAUGAUAAGAGAGGAGAUUAAAGUGAAGGAAAAAAUAGAUAAGGAGGUGCAGGACUCUCUGAGAAAGAUAGAGGGAGUGAUCCAGGAGCAUGAAGGAGACAUCAGACAACUGAAUGACCGAACAACUGAACUAGAGAGAAAGAUGAAAGAAGAGAGAGAUGAAGAGAAAAAGAAAGAACUUGAGAGGGAGCUGAAGCGAGAGGUAGAGCGAAGGACAGAAAUGGAAGAAAAGGUGAAGAAACUCAAAGAAAAGAGAGAAAGGGAGAGGAGAGAGAUGGAGGAGAGGCACCAACAGGAGAUAGAGGAGAUCAGGGAGGUGUAUGAGGGAGAGGUCAGGAUGGAGACAGAGAGAAACCUCAUGAAGAUCAUCCUGCCUGAACUCCAGAGAAACAUUUUGGCCUCAAAAACAAAGAUGCAGGAAGAUCUCAGCAGACAGAUGGAGGAGAAGAACAGAGAGCUGGAGACUCUUAAACAGAAACUUUCAGAUCUCACAAAAGUUCUCAGACUGAGGGAAGAAGUUUAUCAGGAAACAGUGAUGAGUUUAACGUAUCAGAACCAGCAACCAGUUUAAGCUAAAUUAUUGCUGCAUGUAUGACUUUGGAGUUGAUUCUGCUGUUUGCAGACACAAUAACACUAAUAACAUAAUUCUUUUUAUUGUGACUUAAGAUCAGUGGUCUCAUAUUUCAUAACAAUGAUAGUCAUGUUGAUGAUAAAGUUUUGGCAUUAUGAGGAUUUUCUAUUAAAAUGUCAGAGUGUAAGUGCUGCUAGGAUGUUCAUCAGGAGGACGACACAGGAUUCUACCAAACCCACAGAACAGUUACAGAUACGGUAGCAGCAGUGGUGAAAAACUGUGAUAAAGACAAACCUUACAGCACAACAAAACUGUAUAUUAUAUAAUAAUAUAUAAUUAUAUAGAACUUUAACUUUUGUGAAAGAACACAGUAUAAUAUUUUUUCUUAAACUUUCAUGCCAAGAUGUUAUUUACAUUUUUCCACCUCAGUACAGACGGUUUAUUGGUUAUGUGACAAAAAUAAGUUGUUUUUCUGGAGUUCCACAGCAAUUUUAUAUGUACAAUAAACAGAAAAUAUGUAUAAUUUUUUAAUAAAUAUUUAUGAAUUUAAGGUAUAAGGGGAAUAAAGCAUGUCGUUGUUGGUUGUGUUUUAAGUGGAAACAGUAACAUUGAUUAUAUUAAUUACACGUAUUAUAAUACAGUUUAAUGUAUUUUUUGUAAUUGUCUGGCAAACUACAGCAUACUUGUAAUACAUUUCUCUACCAGUAGAGGGAACCAACAGACUGCUGUUUAUGUUUCUUUCUCAUUAUAGAAGUCAGAUUGGGUCUUUAUUUCUGUACAUCAGUGGAUGAGUAACAGCAGAACAGAUCCAUGCAGUAGGCGUGGUCACUGAAACACUCUUAUUCCUGUACAGCUCAUCCUCUCUCUCUUAUUGCUGCUCCACACUGCAGUUUAAACAUCUAUGUCUAAUAAAUGAAAGUAUUUUUCAGUGAUUUUAAAAAUAUAAAAAAGCCUUUUCUGCCCCAAUUACUGCCCACAAAUAUCUAAAUAUAGU